AUGGCCCCUGAACCUAGCGCAACCGUUUUCGCCAGAGCUUACACGGACAAAGAUGCUGAUAUCAAUCUUAUCAGUAGAGACAAGGUGCAUUUCAAAGUUCAUUUUUAUUUGUUGAAGACGCAUUCCUCCGUCUUCCGAGAUAUGCUCAGUGAAACGACCUUUAAACUCACUCCGAUUCCGAUUGACGUCCACAGCAGUGACCUUUUGCUUUUCCUGGAUUUCAUGCACGAGAGUGACCCAGAAAUGAGCAACAACUGGCCCCAAUGUAAACGCCUCACCGACCUCUGUCUUCUGUACGAUUGCAAGGUUGAGAUAUUCUGCAUGGCAUCGCAAUUUGACGAUGUCAGUCUUGCGAAGAAGGCACUCAAGUCCAUGAAAAGUGAUGAAGAGCACAGGGCACUCACUGUCGAAACUUUCCCUCUCAAGGAAGCUUGUAAACCUUCCCUGGCUCACCUGUUAGGCUUGAUCGUACAGCUUAAACAACAGCAAGGGACACGCCAAUACUCGACCUAUGACGAUUAUGUCUAUGUUACCAACUGGGAACACAUCGGGAAAGCUUUCAAGCCUGCUACCUGA